AUGCUUAACCUACGCACAUUGAUUUCAGUGACAUAUAUGGCGCAAAUUGCGUUCCCUGGAGGCAAUGCGCACACAAACAACUCUCACCUCCUAGAUCUUGUUCCAAAGCGUGAGGUCCUCUACGUGGGGGGGAAGUACACAAAUUCCACAGCAGGACAAAUAUAUGUCGAGAAGCUCUCACCCCAUCCAGCUCCCGCACACCCCCCGCUGCCCAUCAUCUUCAUUGCCGGCGCCGCUCAAACAGGAACCAAUUUCCUCGACACUCCAGAUGGACGACCAGGGUGGGCCUCGUAUUUUCUGUCCAAAGGGCACACAGUCUACCUGUCAGAUCAGCCCUCACGCGGCCGCUCCUUUUGGCUUCCCGGACAGGGAAAUAUGGGAUACAUUGGGUCUCCCGAUGCUGUCUCGAAUAUUUUCACUGAUGUAGCUAACAACGGCGAUCAAUGGCCGCAGGCAAAGCUCCAUACACAAUGGCCAGGUACGGGUCGUAUCGGGGACCCGACGUUCGACAAUUUCUAUAGGAGCCAGGUGCAAUUACAGACUGAUCGUUUCAUAAGCGAGGAACAGAAUGCGCAGGCAUAUUCAGCUCUGGUGGACCUCGUCGGUAGCUGUUAUAUCAUCAGCCACUCGCAGGCAGGUGCAUACGGCUGGCGGGUAGGAGACAUGCGCUCAGAGCUCGUCAAGGGCAUCGUCCAGCUCGAGCCAUCCGGCCCACCGUUCACGCUCCGCCCGCCCUUCGGAAACGACCCAGCCUUCGCAUUCGGCCUCACCGACCUCGCAAUCGCGUACGAACCGUCAGCGGGCAUCAACGCAUCGAACAUCGAGACAACCAUCGAGCCAGCGAGCGACGCCGACCACAACGACUGCAUCAUGCAGAAAGCUCCCGUGAAGCAACUGACGAAUCUCGCUAGGAUCCCGGAACUCGUUGUCACGGGCGAAGCGUCGUUCCACGCGCCAUAUGAUUAUUGCACAGUUAAGUACCUGCGCAGUGUGGGCGUAGAAGUGGAGUAUGCGGAUCUGGGGGAGGAGGGCAUCCAUGGGAAUGGCCACAUGUUUUUCAUGGAGGAGAACAACCUCGAGAUCGCGGAGCGGGUGUACCAGUGGCUGGAAAAGCACUGA